AUGCUGGCAUACCAAAAACUGCUUGAUUCGAAAGCCGACCGCGGCGAGAUUGUUGGCAACAUCCUGUGGUUCCCAUGGCAGGUGUUUUAUUACGCUGCACACGCGUCCAACCCCUGCGUGAAGACCAUCUGCGAAAUAGGGUUUGGCGCCGGCCACUCCACCCUGCUGUACCUCAGCGUCAACAAGGACGCGGUGCUGUACACAUUCGACAUCUUUGAGCUGGGACCCUUCCAGGAUGCAGCCGUGGAGUUCCACAAGAGUGUGCCCCACGCCAGGCGGUGGCACCGCAUCAAGGGUGACUCCCAGCAGACGGUGCCCAAGUUUGCCAGCGAGAACCCAGGGGUGAAGUGCGACAUAGUGCACGUCGAUGGGUGGCACGAGUCGCCCGUCGUGUACAACGACAUCAAGAACUUCCGGCUGCUGGCGCACCAGGAGACAGUGGUGCUGAUUGAUGACGCCAACGAGGCGCCCACGCAGGGCGACAUGCAGCAAGCGGUGGACAAGGGCGUCACCGAGGAGUGGGAGUGCAUGGAUGCACGGGACGAAACGGACGAGCGCUUUGCGUCGCAGCCCAUCUGGCCGAAACGCUUCUGUACGACACGCUACAUCCUGGCCUGA